UAAGCUGGUCCUCUCGGGAAAGAGGACCAGAAAAUGGUGGAGGUAACGGACGAUGUCGUCUAUUCCAUUAUCCUAGUAUUUUCAGUGCCUGUUGGACUGUUGGUGAAACAAAUAUCAUCUCCAGAAACCAAAAAACUAGCAUGCACAUUGGUGGGGGCAGUGGUGGCGUUAAUCACUAUCGGCCGUCACAGUUUACACCCUGUCGCUGUUACAGUUGUGAACAUUUUUAUUAUUAAAGUUGUGGGACCAAGGAAAUGCCACAUGUAUGCAUUUAUAUGGUGUUUUGGAUAUCUUGCAUUCUUCAGAACAUGUCAUCAUUUUGGAAUACCACAGGUUUCACCAUUAUCCAAUGCAAUCCAACUCUUUGUAACACUUCGGUUAAUUGGAUUGGCAUUUGAAAUUCAUGAUUCGUGCAUGGACGAGUGGAAUAAGGAUGUCACCUCAGAUGAAGACAGAGCCCACUGGAGACGGUAUAAAUGUAUCAGUCCAUCUGCUAUUGAUAUGUUUCAGUAUACAUUCUGCUAUAUUGGACAAUUUACUGGUCCCUACUAUAAAUACAGAACCUAUCUUGACAUGGUGAACACUUCCAAUGUGGCCAACAUUCCAUCCAUACAACCUGUGUUACAUAGGAUGAAAGAUCUACCUCUUAUAGCAAUCACAUACCUUGUCUUUUCAAAUUUUUUCAGUAUAAAGUAUGCAACAUCAAGUGAAUUCUAUGAGAAUCCAUUUUGGUAUCGAUUGUUGUUUAUGAUGCCAAUGUUUAUCAUUUUCCGCACUCGUUUAUACAUGGCAUGGAUUCUGUCAGAGUGCAUGUGCAUGGCCAUUGGGCUAGGAGCAUAUCCAAAAGCAAGUAAACCAAAAUGUGGGGAGGGACCCACAGAUCUGGAGGAGUUCCACAACAGCACUCUAUCUAAGGACCCCAUAAAAUAUGACUAUGAAACAAUACAUAACUUGUCCAUUUAUGGAUGUGAAUUGGGACGAACAACAAAAGUGGGCCUCCGAAGUUGGAAUAUGACUGUACAGUACUGGUUAGCUGCUUAUUGUCACCGCAGGAUCCCAAACUCACUCAAAGCUUAUCGUGUUGCAAUAACAAUGACAGUGAGUGCUUUUUGGCACGGGAUUUACCCCGGGUAUUACCUCAGCUUCCUGUUGGUACCAGUCAUACUUCUGGCAGAGGACAAAAUGAGAGCUGCAUUCAGACAUGGAUCACAAACACAGAUUGAGUGCUUUGAUUGGGCUUGCUGGUUUUUCAAAAUGCGUGGAUUUGAUUACAUGUGUAUGGGAUUUUUACUUCUUCGUUUGGAUUAUACUUUGACUUACUGGAGAUCUAUUUACUUCAUUGGUCAUUGUGUAACAGUUCUUUUCUUGGUGACUGGAAUAUUGUGUAGGAAAAGAAGCAAAAGACAAAAUAAGCUAGAAUGAGAAAAUAGAAAAUAAACUCUUUUUUUUCAUUUAAUAAAUGAAGUAUUAUCCUUUAAUGUAGCAUUUUAUCAUGCUUUCCUUAUUUGUAUUUUCAUAUACUAGUAGUUUCUGCCUGUGAAAAUUCCUAGCUGUAUCAC